AUGGAAACAUAUAUUCGAUCGCAACCUAAUACACCUCAUCCGUCAACUCGAAAUAGAGCCUAUCAAACAACAUAUCAACGGGAAUAUUCUAUUUUGAAACAAAUAUCAAAUGAUGAUGAAGGUGUUCCGGCUGGUCAAAGAUUUUUGAUUGGUUGUCCUUAUCAAUUAAGCGAUCCAGUGGGUACAACAUCGUAUACAACUGAUUAUCCACAGAACAAUAAUGUCAAACGAGAAGGUCCCAUUCGUCCGAAUACACCUCGAGCUAAUCGACCUCAUAUUCAUCCACAUUUUCCUCAUGUAUCGUCUCGUCAACCCAUAACUCUGGCUCCAAUUAUGACUGAGGAAAUAAAACAAGCGUUAAAAAAUCAAAUAACUUCAACAUAUCGGACAGAUUAUAUCGGUACUCCUCAAGCAUUUCCACUACCAUUAGCUUACAAUCAAUCACGUUCCUUUUGGCAAAAUCGAGCUUAUCGUACUUCAGAUAAUGAGCAGCAAAAUACAAGCGAAUAUCCUGUUAGAUCAACAACAGCACCAAUUGGACGUUAUGCACAUACUCGUCGUACUCCAGCUGAUGGAAUUAUUCCACUUACAUUAGCUAUGUGGAGAAAAGGAUCUUCUGAAACAGCAUAUAAAAAAGAAUUUAGUGGAAAAGUACCAUCUCUACUUUAUAUGAAAACUUUUGUUGAUUCUUUCGCUGGACCUAUGAAUCAAUGA